AUGCCUGAAGGACGUCAAUCACCUGCCCCUGAGGACCAGAGCGAUCGCCAGCAGCAGGCCCCUCCUGGCUCUGGACAAGGUGUCAACAAGACCGACGGCAAGGACCCUAAGGGUCAGCUUGACAACCUCUCAUCAAACCCCAAGAGUAUUAACGAGGACGCCGUGAAGGAGAAGUUCUCCAAGACUGAGAAAUAG